AUGGCAGAAAAGGUAGUCCUACCUCCAAAAAAGAGAGUGCGGUUCAGGUUCACAUCCAACCCCAGCGCGGGAAGCAGCGCAGGUGGCGGAGGCGGAGGCGGCGACGGCGACAGCGCAGCAGCACCGGCCCCCGCACCGCGACGUGAGCCCUCUUCUUCGCCGCCACGUUCACCGUCGCGACCCAAACAGCUCACGUACAACCCCGGCGAGGGAAGCAGCGGAGGUGGCGGGGGCGGUGGCGCGGCGGGACAGGAACUCUCUUAUUCGCCGCCGCCGCUUUCACCGUCGUCCCCCGGUGACGAAGUCCCCGGCGAUGCGGGACGGGAAUUCUCUUAUUCGCCGCCGUCGCUUUCAUCGUCGUCCUCCGAUGACGAGGAUCCUAAGGACUCGGAUGAUGAAAAGCCGAACGAAUUUCAAACAAAAAAUGGAUGGGGUUCUCUGUUCAUGAGUGAUCCUCAAGUUCUUUUUAUGUACUCGAGUGAUCCACAAAACCCCCCUCAUUAUAUUGGCCGGCAAAAUUGUGAGCCGCUCACCAGACAGAAGUUUCUUUCACUGCACCACAAUUGGCAACAGCUGCUAGAUGGCAAGAAGACAUACCUCCGUCCUCCAAAGAACAGCCGUGUUGCCAAGGACAAUUAUGACGACAGCAUCUUUGUAACCCCAGAACCUCCUGAGUUGGCACUACAUCGUCAGGGGCCACUAUCGUAUUUGGUUGGAGCAGCUGCUGAAAUACCUACCGCCCAGCAGCAGUACAAGAUACUUAGUGAACAUUAUGUGUGCUUCAGACCAAUGCGAAGCGAUGGGUCACAGUUUUACAGAGCUUUCCUUUUCUCUUACUUGGAAAACCUUGGGAAAAUGCAAUGUAGUCAAGCUGAGGUCACUCGCUUAAUGGAAUGCGUGGCAAGGUCCAGAGAGAAUUUCUGUCGUUUACAAUGGAAUAAUGCGUACUUCUCAAAUCCGGAAGCAUUUUUCUCAAGUGUUGUUUCUGAGUUUGAGCACUUGGUCAAUUCAGUUGCAAAUGGGCUAAAUUCUGAUGAGCUUUACGCGAUAAGCCUACAGGAGAUUUCGUCAUCUAGGAUUCUUUCUUUGCUCAGAUUGCUGACAGAGGUUCAUAUCCGUACACAUGAAGCGGACUACAACAGAUUAUUGAGUAUACCAUCAUUUCAAUUUUGCAUACAAUAUGUGCGUCCAUUUGGCGCUGGCAUCGAAAUUCUACAAACAAGGGCUCUAUCACAGGCUCUUGGCAUCCCAGUGCACGUAGCAUUUGUGGACGGUGCUAUGAAAGAUGGAACUGUGCAAGUGCAGUGCCUUGACUUCGUUCCUCAAUCAGAAUCAGGAGUAAGCAGAACAUCAGGAUCUCUCAGUUCAAUCAGACAGUACUAUCUAUCCAGUGCAACUGAUAAACAGCCAGUCUUGCCAGCUGGAAACUUAUUUUCGUCUGAUCGCAUGCCUCUAGUGACCAUAUUCAUGACGGCUGGCCACACUAUUGCCAUUCUUUAUCGCAAGUGA